UCCCCGGGUUCCCCCCCCCCCCCCCGCCCUCCCUUACAUCCGGGGACUUUCCCAGAGCGCCGGCCGCGGCGCCUCAGCGCAGAUCUGUGGAAACUUUCCCGGAAAAUAUGUCUCAAGGACAGUAACGGAGCUUUGGGAAAUCCCCGCGAGGAUGGCACAAAAGAAAUACCUUCAAGCAAAACUUACCAACUUCUUAAGAGAAGACAAAAUUCAACUCUGGAAGCCUCCGUACACCAAUGAAAAUAAAGAAGCAGGUUCGGUUUUGAAGGAGCUUGCCAAGAAAUACUCAGACAAGUUGGACUGUUGCGAAAAUGAAAUAGAAAAGUUAAUAGAAGAAAUCCGUUGUAAAGCCAUCGAGAGGGGGUCGGGCAAUGAAGCAUAUAAAGCCACAGGGAUUGCCACCAUCGAGGUGUUUUUGCCCCCCAAACACCGAAAAGAUAAAAAAAGCCUGCUGGAAACCAAACUGCAAAUUACCGGCAAGGAGUUGAGAGCUCAAAUAGCCCAGGCCUAUGGAUUUCAAGAAAACUACAUCAAAGUCGUUAUAAAUAAGAAGCAGCUUCAACUGGGGAAGACCCUGGAGGAGCAGGGCAUUACGCACAACGUCAAAGCCAUGGUGCUGGAGCUGAAGCAGUCUGAAGAGGAGGCCAAAAAACAUCUUCAGGAAGAAGAACAGGAGCAGAAGGAACUGGACCAAAAGGAGAAAAGGAUGCAGAGAACCAAACGAGGGCUCGAAAUCCUGGCCCAGAGAGCUGAGACCGUGGAUCCGGACACCAUGCCGUACUUGGAAAUCGCCAACCAAACGGGCAGGUCCAUCAAGAUCCCCCCUGCAGAAAAGAAGGCCCUGAUGUUAGCCAUGGGAUAUCAUGAAAAGGGCAGAGCUUUCCUGAAGAGAAAAGAGUAUGUUAUGGCCCUGCCCUUCCUCCUGGACGCAGACAAACACUUCUGCGAGUGCUGUAGGGAGUUGCUGGACACGGUGGACAACUACGCCGUGCUGCAGCUGGACACGGUGUGGUGUUACUUCCGCCUGGGCCAGCUGGAGUGCCUCGAUGAUGCCGAGAGGAAGCUGAACAUGGCCCUCAACUGCUUCAAGAACUGCUACGGCGAACACCACGAGAGACUCGUCCACAUUAAAGGGAGUUACGGCCGGGAGAAGGUUCUAUUUCUCAGACUCUACCUGCUCCAAGGAAUAAGAAACUUCCACAGUGGGAAGGAGAAAGAGGCCUCCGAGUAUCUGAACAGGGCGAAGCACCUGUACGAGGAGCUGUCCAUCGACCCCAACAAAGUGGAGAGCCUGCUGCAGCUGGGCUUCACCGCACAGGAGGCCCGGCUGGGCCUGCGGGCCUGCGAGGGCAACGUGGACCACGCUGCCAACCACAUCACCAACCGGAGAGAGGAAAUGGCCCAAAUCAAAAGAGAGGAGAAAGAGAAGAGGAGGAAGCGGCUGGAAAGCAUCAACACCCUGAAAGGAAUGGGGUACUCGGCCCGUGCGGCCAGAGAAGUCCUCCGCCGGACCAAGGGAAACCUGGACGAAGCCCUGAAGAUCCUGCUGAGUGACCCUCAGUCGUGGUGGGUGGACGCGGCCGAGCCGCAGACCAGCCGGACACAGGACAGCGUGGACCCGGACAGUAUCGAGAAGUUGGUGUACAUGGGCUUCGACGCGAAGAUGGUGGAGGAGGCGCUGAAGGUGUUCCGAGGCAACGUGCAGCUCGCUGCUCAGACCCUCGCCCUCAACGGAGGGGGGCUCCCCCCCCGCCUGCGCCCGCCCUCCACGCCCUCGACGCCCUCCACGGAGUCUCCUUCCGACUCGGCUGGCACCUCGAGCGCCUCCACGGACGACGACAUGGAGACGGAGGCCGUGCAGGAGAUACUGGGCGACAUCCCGGAGCACGAGGAGGACUACCUGGACUUGACACUGGAAGACGAGGCGGAGAUCAUGGCCGAGUACUUGUCCUACGUCGACAUGGCCAAGGCCCCUCCCCGCAAGGACUAGCCGCAGAACCGGCCCCCGCCUCGCAGAUGACAUCCCGCGCACGGCUCUUCCGCACGGUCGUUUCUCUGGCUCCCGGGGCCUGGCCGCGUCUGCCGGGAGACAAGCCGGGGGCAUCUACCCCCCCCCCCCCCCCCGUUUCUUCAGAAGAAGGUGGGGAGUCAGUGAGGGGGGGAUACAGGGUCCCCCUGAGGCAGGGAAAGGCAUCUUUGCUUACAUAUUCCCCCUCUCUACUCCUCA